AUGAACUAUUCUAUGUAUCAGAACGAUACAGUAGCGGUAUCACAGGAAACUUUGCGAGAAGGGGCGAUGUAUAAUUUGCAGUUAAAGAGAUCAGCUAUUGAUGAUUCAGAAAGUCAGGCUCAAAAUGUGGGUGGAAGGAGUAGCAUGCGUUUAUCAACUUUUGAAUAUGAUGAAUCGGAACUUAGUAACGAUCUCACGGGCAAGACUUUGGAGGAUGAAAUUCUAAGUUUUCAACAAGGAACAUCCAUUAGGGCAAUGGGUGAUAAUAUCCGAAGACUUUCGAUAAGCGAGAAUCACAGGGACCAUCCUAUGUUUUAUGAAUUCGAGUACUUUAAUAGAGGUUUCAAACAAGAUAUUCCUAGUUCCGUGUUUUCCGAUGAAGAAGAUGACAUGGAUUUGGGCUUGGAUUCAAAUUUAGAUUUAGAAAUGGAUAGGGAAUCCAUUUUCGUGAAUAUAGGUUCCAAAUCUACAAACUCUUCUAACCAUACCCCUUCAGCAUCAACCAGUUCUAUGGCUCUAUUAUUAUCUGGUUUGGAUGAAGAUGUAUCCAUGAAUUUAGAUUUAGAUGACCAGCAAGACGUUACAGGUAACGGAAAUGGUAAUGGAGUAAAGAAACUAUUCAAAUUGAAUAAAAUGUUUCGCAUGAAUAACAGAGACCUUGCAUCUGAAGAUGAGCCAGAGCAAAUCUUCAAAAAGAAAUACUUCUGGUCAAGAAAGCCAACUGUUCCCAUAUUAAGAGACUCUAAGAAUGAACAAACGGGUUAUUCUUCUUCCCAAAACUCUAGCUUUCAUAACGAUCAGCUAAUAGUUUCCGGGGUGGAAGACUCAACAAUGAACACUGCCAAUGUUAAUCCAAUUAAGCUGGUCACUGUGGAAAAAAACAUGGCUGACAACUAUUCCCCUACACUUAGCUCGGGAAGCUCGAAGAUAAAUAGCUUAGAACCGGAAAUGGCACUUUCAUCAAAUUCAUCUAUUGUGUCACAAAUAAAACCAAACACAACGGGAUCCACUAGCAUUAGUUCUUCUUCCUCAUCUUAUGUGCAAACUCCGGUUUCAGUUCAUUCUUCUAAAGCACAAUCUCUUUCGCUGUCUAAGCUGAAUAUACAAAAUAACCUGGGGUCUACCAUUAUCAAAAAGCAACAUGGUGUUCCAAAGACGCGGGGGCGGAAACCUUCGCCAAUCCUAGAUGCAUCUAAACCUUUCGGUUGCGAAUACUGUGAUCGUAGGUUUAAGAGACAAGAACAUCUAAAAAGACACAUUAGGUCGCUGCACAUAUGCGAAAAACCAUAUGGCUGUGAUAUCUGUGGGAAAAAAUUCAGCAGAAGUGACAACUUGAGUCAACAUUUAAAAACGCACACGCAUGAUCAAAAAUGA